AUGGAUCCAUCAGGGAUCAGCCAAUUUGUUCUAAUAUGGAACGAUUCCGUACAGUAUUGGGAGAGCGGUGUUUGGGAUGGUGAAAGUUUCAGUCGAAUUCCGGAAAUGACAUUGAAUGACUUGUUCAAUUACAGGGCUGAAAAUACUACGUCUGGUUUUUAUAUCAGUUAUGAAUUGAGGCCUCCUGUCAAUGUGCUCACACGAUUCGUCCUAAAGAGAUCCGGAGUAUUGCAAUUAUAUGCUUUGUUUGAUAACAGUAAUUGGAGUGUGGUCUGGUCUCAACCAACAGAUGAAUGCAGCGUAUAUGGUAUCUGUGGCUCUUAUGGAAAUUGCAACUCCAACAAUGUAGAUUUCUGCAGCUGCGUGGAAGACUUUAUACCCAGAUACAAUCGGUCCUGGAAUUUGCAGGAUUGGUCCUCAAGUGGCUGUGUUCGAAAGAGCCUGUUAAACUGCGAUCCGAAAAAUGGCAGCUCUGACAGAUUCAUGGGCUACAGCGUAACUUUGCCUGUUAAUCAGGAUCUCACAUACCCUGCAAGGUCAAAUGAAGAUUGCGAGAAGGCGUGCCUCCAGAACUGCUCCUGCAAUCCGUUUUCUUUCAUUGGGUUUUCAGGGACAUGCCAAACAUGUGUUCUUGGUAUUGUUGGUACUCUCACAAUUGCUUUGGGUUUCUUUUCAUUUGCAAUGUGGCGGAGAAAGCGACUACGAUUGAGGCAGAUGCAUACAGAUUCUGCGAACUCUUUUCUAAGAGUAUUUAGUUAUAAGCAGUUGAAGAUUGGAACUAGGAAUUUCGGGUCUCAGCUUGGGAGUGGUGGUUUUGGGUCGGUGUUCAAAGGAACCCUAACAGACGGCACGCUUGUAGCUGUAAAGAAGCUGGAGGAAUCAAGAGAAGACGAGAAGCAAUUCAGAGCAGAAAUCAGUUCUCUUGGAAACAUACAACACGGGAAUUUGGUAAGGCUUAGAGGAUUUUGUGCAGAGGGAUCACAAAGGCUACUGGUUUAUGAUUACAUGCCCAAUGGCUCUCUGAAUUCUUUACUGUUCAGUAGCAACAACCAAAGCAAGCGGAAGGUAUUGAACUGGAAGAAACGAUUUCAGAUAGCCCUAGGCACUGCAAGAGGCUUAUUUUAUCUACACGAAGAAUGCAGAGGGCACAUUAUUCACAAUGAUGUUAAGCCUGAAAAUAUUCUCCUCGACACCGAAUUUUCCCCAAAACUGGCUGAUUUUGGGAUGGCAAAGCUUGUGGGUAGAGAUUUCAGCCGCGUCCUGACCACAACGAGAGGAACGAGAGGUUACUUGGCUCCAGAGUGGCUCUGGGGUCCUCCCAUAACUCCCAAGGUUGAUGUGUACAGUUAUGGUAAGAGACUCUUGGAAAUCAUUUCGGGCCGAAGAAAUCUAGACAUGAGCGUUGAAGAUUCAAAAAAGCAUUACUUUCCCACCUGGGCCGCAGCCCAAAUUGACCAGGGGAACACAAUUGAUAUCGUGGAGGAGGGCGUUGUACUUGCAGAGGAGGAAGAUAUAGAAGAGGCGAGAAGAGCUAUUGUUGUUGGGUUGCUAUGUAUUGAAGAGGAUGAGGAUGUUAGGCCAAGCAUGGGGCAAGUGGUGCGGAUGCUGGAUGGGCAGAUGGAGCUUCCAACUCCGCAUAUACCUAGCGAUGUUGCUUGCAAUAAACUAAGUGAGGAUGUAUUAUGGAGUAGAAGUGGGACCGAGGCUACAACUUUUUCUAUGUGA